CUAAAGUCCACUCAGCAGUGGGUGUCCAUACGUGGUGAAGUGACAGAUUUAAAUCACCACUGAAUUGGAAUUUAGAAAAAAUGGGAAGAAGUUAUUAUGUGGAGGAGGCAGUUGAAAAGUAUUUCUAUAAACGUAUUCAGCAGCAGCAGAAAGGCUUUAUUACAGGACUUAUCAUAGGACAGAGUUCGGCACAAAGAGAGUUUGUGCUUCUGGCUGCGCAGACCCCACACAAAGAAGAUCAGCGUGAAGGGAAUACAGUAAAGCCUGCGUUAUCCAAGCUAGAUGAAAUUGAUGAGGACUGGGUCUCUUCGCACGCCAGCCAGGUAAGUCGUAUGCUUCCUGGUGGUCUUCUUGUCCUGGGCGUCUUCCUCAUCACAUCUCCAGAACUUUCCAAGGACUCCCAGAAUGCACUGCGUAAGCUUAUUUUUGCUGUAGAAAAGUCUUCCAUGAAGAACAGAUUAUGGAGCUUUGAUGACAAUGACGUCUGUGACCGGGCAGCACUUCACAUUUGUUCUGCAACCAAAAAAAUUACAUGUCGAACAUUUGAUGUCAAAGAUCCAAAGGUAAGAGCACCGGCUAAACCCGCAGACUGGAAAUAUCAGAGCUCAACCUUAUCUUGGCUGACCAUAGACUGUAAUGUGCGUUUAGACCUCACCGUCCCACGGUUAUCCGCUGCAUCGUCUUAUCAGGAGCAGCAGAAGUGUACACGAGCUGGGACUAGCAAAUGGGCUAAAGAGAUAGAUGACGUAACUUUGAUUUUCAAUGGCCGAGUUAAAGAUAUAGAUGGAGACCUUCUCGAUGAGAAAAAAUCUUCCCGGUCUUCUUCCUUCUCCAACUCUCAGACCAUCACUGCAAACAUUCUCAGACCCUGUCUCACAAAUAAUGACUCACGAUCCACAGCUCUAGUUCAGGUCUGCAAAUCGUCGGUAACCUUUAAAGGAAUUGUUAGAUGUCGAGCAUAUGUCCAUACAAACAAACCAAAGGUCAGAGACGCUGUGCAGGUUUUAAAAAGAGACCUCGUAGAUACAGUCUCAAACCGGUGUGAAAUAUUGUUUGAAGAUUUGCUGCUUAAUGGCCCACAAAAUGAUGAUGAACAGGAGUUGUGUCUCCUUCCUCAGAGAGUGUUUGUUCCCAUUGCUGGCAGCAAUGUAACGCUUUGUGAUUAUGCGUUUGGGGAUGAGACUGCUGAAGAUUUACACCAGCGUUUCCUGGAGAUGUUGGACCAAGAUGUGCAAAGUGAUGGCUUGGUCUUUGCAGAGGAGAAAUAUACUGAGACCAAUAAUGAAGAGAAGUUGGCUACAGACAUUCCUUGCUUGGAAAAUCUAAAAAUUGAUCAACCAGACACAUCGAAAAAGAAUCCAGCAUCUUUGAGAAGUUCUCACAGAAUGAGCAUACUGAUAGCUGUGGUUGUUGCAGUUAUAGCUGCACUAUUUUCAUUUCAAUAUCUACUUGAUUAACAGCGAAAUCCAAGAUACACUACAAUGUAUAUACGUAAUGUUGUUUCUCGCUAUUAAUGACACCCUCUAUAAAGCGUUCUUUGUCCUGUAAUACAAAAUCUUUAUUUGCUUAUUAAAGUUUUUUAUUCAAACUGGCAGAUUUUUUAACUGUAAUCCAAAAAAUAAAAUUGCCUUAAGGUUUUUAUGGCAUUUAGCAUUUGCGCUGUUAAUAUCAGGAUCCGGUAAUUUAAAAGAAACUUUAAUUUGCUGAUAAAAAUGUUUUUUCGUUGCUUUUUUUGUUUUAUACUAAAAGGACAUAAAAGUAAAAAAUAAUCUUUCAUGAUUCAGACAUGCAAUUUUUAACAACUAAGUCUGUUAUCACAUUUAUUUUGUUUUCUUGGUGUCCUUUCUUGAAAAGCAUAUCUAGAUAGACUCAGGAGCGUGCAUGUUUUUAAUGUUUUACUUUGUUGUAAUGGCUGCUGCCAUCUAGUGUUUCAAAGUGUAUAAUAUUGCUACUAACAUUGAGACAAACACUGCUGCCAUAUAGUGCUCACUUCUGAGCCUAUUUAGGUAUGCUCUUCAACAAAGGAGAACAAAAGAACAACUUACAUUUGAUAAGUAAUUUAAAGAGAGGUUUAAAAUGACAUGCUCUGUCAGAAUCAUGAAAGUUUUAAUUUUCACUUUUAAGUCCCUUUAGCAUCAUUUUUUUUAACCUUUACAAAACAAACCCCCUCAGGGGUUAGACAUGCAGGGCUAGAUCACGAGUGAAAACUUAUAUAGUAAUAUAAUACAGUGUUCUAACUUAAAUACGUUAUACAACAAUAAAGAAUACAACACUGUG